UGUAUCUCUUUUGACCAGGGAGCAGACUGGAAGGAGGACACCAGAAGCUGGUUAUAUUUCCCAGACACAUUUUUCUUCAAAAAUUCAAAAUAAAAAAAAGUCCACCUGCCGGCUGGGGGCAGCAGGAACCGUAGAAAGUGUGAAGGCAUCUGCCUAGAGUUUAAAACAAAAAUCAUCUUGUAGAGAGAAAGAAAUAAAAAGUGGUUAUUAAAAGGGAGAAAGAAAAAAGAAAGUAAAGAUGACCACGGAAAUCCAUCUGCAGUAUAGUAACGCGUACCACAAUGAAGAAGAAGACUACAUGAAUCAGGAAGAAGACUGGGACAGAGACUUACUUCUGGACCCUGCCUGGGAGAAGCAGCAGAGAAAGACCUUCACAGCCUGGUGUAACUCUCACCUAAGGAAAGCCGGCACACAGAUAGAGAACAUAGAGGAAGACUUCAGAAAUGGACUGAAACUUAUGCUUCUUCUUGAGGUUAUCUCUGGGGAAAGACUACCUAAGCCAGAUAAAGGAAAAAUGCGUUUCCACAAAAUUGCAAAUGUCAACAAGGCCCUGGACUAUAUCGCAAGCAAAGGAGUGAAACUGGUAUCUAUUGGCGCUGAGGAAAUUGUCGAUGGUAAUUUGAAGAUGACCCUGGGUAUGAUUUGGACAAUUAUUCUUCGUUUUGCUAUUCAGGAUAUUUCUGUUGAAGAAACAUCUGCUAAGGAAGGUCUGCUGCUUUGGUGCCAGAGAAAGACUGCUCCCUAUAGGAACGUCAAUGUACAGAAUUUCCACAUCAGCUGGAAGGACGGCCUGGCGCUGUGCGCUCUCAUUCACAGACAUAGACCUGACCUCAUUGAUUACGCCAAGCUCAGGAAGGACGACCCCAUUGGUAACCUCAAUACUGCAUUUGAUGUGGCAGAAAAAUUCUUGGAUAUCCCAAAAAUGUUGGACGCUGAAGAUAUUGUAAAUACACCCAAACCAGAUGAGAAGGCAAUUAUGACAUAUGUUUCCUGCUUCUAUCACGCCUUUGCUGGAGCAGAACAGGCUGAGACAGCAGCAAACAGGAUCUGUAAAGUUUUGGCCGUUAACCAGGAAAAUGAGAAGCUGAUGGAAGAAUAUGAGAAGUUAGCAAGUGAGCUCCUUGAAUGGAUUCGUCGUACCAUCCCCUGGUUGGAAAACCGAACACCUGAGAAGGCCAUGAGCGCCAUGCAGAAGAAGCUUGAAGACUUUAGAGACUACAGAAGAGUUCACAAACCUCCCCGUGUGCAGGAGAAGUGCCAACUGGAGAUCAACUUCAACACUUUGCAGACCAAGCUGAGGCUUAGCAAUCGCCCAGCAUUCAUGCCAUCUGAGGGUAAAAUGGUUUCUGACAUAGCCAAUGCCUGGAAGGGUCUGGAGCAGGUAGAAAAGGGCUAUGAGGAGUGGCUUCUGUUGGAAAUCAGAAGACUUGAGAGAUUGGAACAUCUGGCUGAGAAGUUUAAGCAGAAGGCUACUCUACAUGAGUCCUGGACAAGAGGAAAAGAGGAGCUGCUAUCUCAACGAGACUAUGAAUCAGCUUCCCUCAUGGAGAUCCGAGCUCUGGUGCGCAAACACGAAGCCUUUGAGAGUGAUCUGGCUGCUCACCAGGACCGUGUAGAGCAGAUUGCUGCCAUUGCUCAGGAGCUGAAUGAGCUUGACUACCAUGAUGCUGCCUCAAUCAAUAGUCGGUGCCAGGCAAUCUGCGACCAGUGGGACACCCUGGGCACUCUUACCCAGAAAAGAAGAGAUGCACUUGAGCGUGUAGAGAAGUUGCUGGAGACCAUUGACCAGCUGUAUUUGGAGUUUGCAAAGAGAGCCGCUCCCUUCAACAACUGGAUGGAUGGGGCAGUUGAGGAUCUGCAGGAUAUGUUCAUUGUGCACAGCAUUGAGGAGAUCCAGAGCCUCAUCACAGCACAUGAGCAAUUCAAGGCAACCCUUCCAGAGGCUGAUAAGGAGAAGAUGUCCAUCUUGGGCAUUCAGGCUGAAAUCCAAAAGAUUGCUCAGACCUACGGGAUCAAGUUGUCUGGUAUUAAUCCCUACACCAACCUCACUCACCUUGAUAUUGCCAAUAAGUGGGAAACUGUGAAACAGCUGGUUCCACACAGAGACCAAACCCUUCAGGAAGAGCUUGCCCGCCAGCAGGCAAAUGAGCGCCUGCGUCGCCAGUUUGCAGCACAAGCCAACGUCAUUGGACCCUGGAUCCAGGCCAAGAUGGAGGAAAUUGGACGUAUAUCUGUGGACAUCAGCAGUUCUUUGGAAGACCAGAUGAACCAUCUCAAACAGUAUGAGCAGAAUAUUAUCUCAUACAAAGUCAACAUUGACAAGCUUGAGGGAGACCACCAACUCAUCCAGGAGUCUCUGAUCUUCGACAACAAGCACACCAGCUACAGCAUGGAGCACAUCCGUGUGGGAUGGGAGCAGCUCCUCACCACCAUUGCUAGGACGAUCAAUGAGGUUGAGAACCAGAUUCUGACUCGUGAUGCCAAGGGUAUCAGCCAGGAACAGAUGAACGAGUUCCGGGCGUCCUUCAACCACUUUGACAGGAAGAGGAACGGCAUGAUGGAUCCAGAUGACUUCCGUGCGUGCCUCAUAUCCAUGGGAUAUGAUUUGGGUGAAGUGGAGUUUGCCCGUAUUAUGACAUUGGUAGACGCCAACAACACUGGAGUUGUGACCUUCCAGGCUUUCAUUGACUUCAUGACCCGGGAAACAGCCGAGACAGACACAGCCGAACAAGUUAUGGCUUCCUUCAAGAUUCUGGCUUCAGACAAGAACUUCAUCACGAUUGAAGAACUCCGCAGGGAGCUGCCCCCAGAACAAGCAGAAUAUUGCAUCAGUCGCAUGACAAAAUAUGUGGGUGUCGAUAGUGCGACAGGAGCUCUAGAUUAUAUGUCCUUCUCCAGUGCUCUCUACGGGGAAAGUGAUCUGUAAAAAUCAUGUGCUGGUUGCUUUAACACACCCCACCUUCCCAAACUUUGCUCCAUUUCCCAUAUACCUAAAAUGUUUUGCCAAUAAGAGGUUGAAAAACAUAGUUAUUAAAAUGUAGCCUUAAAUGGAAAAUAAAAUGUAUAUUUACACUUUAUUGGUUGAUCUCUGAUGUCUGAGGAUGCAGCCAUUUUGAAUUUUGUGAUAUCACUGAUGCUAUGUCAAAGAAAACCUUUUUCUCGGGUUCAAAAGGUUGUUGAGAUUAUCAUAGCAAGUUUGUUAAGUCAAGUUAAAGAAACAAUAUUUAUUUUGUGGUAUCACUGGCGUUAAGUGAAGUGAAAUCAUUUUGUAUGGACGGCGUCAAUAAUAUGACGCAGUGGGCGUAGACUUAUUAACUGGGCAAGUUCAAUAACAAGCAGCCAUCUUAUGUUUUUUUAUAUGUCACAAGGUGUCAACCAAUUUGUGCUGUUACCUAUAUAUUGCCAAUAGCAAGAGGUCUGGUCAAUGUCACUUCAUAAUGUUGGUAUCUUGAUGUUAUGGUAGUCAUACCUAUUCAAAAUGGCAACCGUCCCUGCGCCACUAAUAAACCAGUACAGUAUGAUGACAUUAUUAGUAUCAGACAAGGGCGGAGUUGUUGCUAAUCUAUGGUGUCACCAUCUUGAAUUUUAUUUCUAACCAAUUCGGAAAAAGUAAUUCCUGAUUGGUCCAUUGAUGUUAAGACGUUGAUGUUUUAGAUCACUCUCUUGUACUCGAUUCAUAACAAGCCCUAGUGUGUAUUUAUACAUUUUGGUUAACAUUAUUGCUGUGUUUUAAUCAAGUUACAAUUUGCCUAACAACGUACCCUACAGAAUAGUAUAAAAUAGCAUUUUUACAAGUAGUCUCUCCUUUGCACUUUUUAUUAUUAUAACCACUAUUAUGAGGUUAAAGAUACAUGUACAAGUAGGAGCAUUUCAAUAACUCGUGGUUUUUUCAGUAUCCAAAAAUAUCUGUUCUAGAGUUAGUAUUGACAGCUUCAUCAUCAUUUGAUUACUUGCUCAAAAUCUUUCAAAAUAAAAAGAAACUAUAAAUGUGAAUUAUAUUAUUAUAUUGUUAAUAGUAUUCCCCUUACAAAUGAUGUGAAAUGUUAAGGUGUACAAGGUCAAAUGUUAUAAUUGAAAGUGCAAUAGGUCAGGUAAAGGCUGAAACGUGUUUGGGUUUUUUUAAUGGUCCCCUACUUGUGUCAAUAAAGCUCCUUUUAACUGAAAGUAUGACUGAAAUCUAUCUUUCUAUGGUUAUGUUUGGAGAGUUCACAAACCAUUGUAUUUUCUAAACAAGAAAAAGAUAGAUAAAUAUAUACAGACCACCCUCCUUGGUCUGAGAAAAGGGAGGUUGUUCCCGAAACGUCACCUUCAAUAAAGGAUUGAUUAAAUCCAGUGGGUGCGGUGUGUAUUGUCUUUUAUAUUACCAACAUAUCCAGCACCCUAGUUGUUGUUUAAAUAUGUCAGAGGGAGUGCAAAUCCAUACUAGCUUUAUAUAUAUAUAUACAGUAUAUACAUAUAAAUUAGUAUGAUUCUGCAUUUCCUUUCAACUGCACUCAUAUUGCCAACAGCAAGGACAGUAAUCCACAAAAGCCACAAAUAAAUUAAUAAAUAUUCUAAUUUUUCUUCCUGAACAGCCAUGCAUUUAAAGUGGAACAAGUAUAAAUUAAUUGGUAUUAUGAAAAUCUUUUUUUUUUUUUUUAAUUUAUUUAUUUUUGUUCUGUUAAACAGUAAUUGGUGACGUUCUUCACUUUACAGGUGGAGAAAUAUCAAUAAAAUGUCCUAUAUAAAUAAAAA